AUGGCCAGACUCUCCAUGCUAACCAGCUCCCGUGUCUUUCCGCCCAAAACAGUCUACUGCCUCGACCGCCUCGAGCAGCCGGUCGCCGACUUCUACGACGCCUGCACGCGGAUCCCCGAUGCCUUCGGCGGCAGCCUGUCGUACGCGCGGGUCGACGUGCGCGACGCGCGGUCGCUGGACCGGGUGGUGGGCGCCAUCGCGGACAAGCACCAGCGGCUGGACGGCGUCAUCGCGGCGGCGGGCGUGCAGCAGCUCAAGUCGGCCGUCGACUACACCAUCGAGGAGGUGCGCGACAUGAUGGACGUCAACUACAGCGGCGUCUUCAUGACGUGCGCCAGCGCCGCCCGCGCCAUGUUCAAGUGGAACCCGGGACGCCGCGACGGCGCCAUGGUCAUCAUCGCGAGCAUGUCCGGCAGCGUCGCGAAUAAGGGGUUGAUCUGUCCCGUGUACAAUUCGAGUAAGGCGGCGUUGUUGCAGUUGACCAGGAACUUGGCUAUGGAGUGGAGCGCUAAGGGGAAGGAGAAUGCUAACGGCCUGGGUGGAAUCAGGGUGAACAGCUUGAGCCCGGGGCAUAUUCUCACGCCGAUGGUCAAGCGCAACUUCGAAGAGGUGCCCGGCCUUCGUGAGAAGUGGGAGCGCGAGAACAUGAUGGGCCGGCUGUCCACACCGGAAGAGUUCAAGGGUGCGGGGUUGUUCCUGCUCAGCAAGGCCAGCAGCUUCAUGACUGGCUCCAACCUCAUCAUCGAUGGCGGCCACACUGCCUGGUAA